AUGUGUUCUUCCUCCGACGACAGAAUCUGGCCUGAAUUGGAGUUGAAUUGGAGAAUUGUUAUGACAACGAUAAUAGGGUUCUUGGGUUCUGCAUUUGGAACAGUUGGUAGUUUUGGUGGUGGUGGCAUUUUUGUCCCCAUGCUUACUUUAAUCGUUAGGUUUGAUACAAAGUAUGUUGUUGCUCUUUCUAAGUUGGUCCUCAAUUUUGGCUUCGAUAAAGUGAGAGGAAGAAGAACCGAUAAACUAGCGAGCUGUUACAACUCCCCAGCCAUCCUCACUUGGUUCUCCGUCACCUCCAGCACCUCCUCUCUCUCCGCCUACUGGUGGUGA